AUGAGCUAUGCGAAGAAAAUAGCCGAUGCCACUGUACAGAAUCGAACGCAGACUCCUUUCUUCAGUUGGUUGAGGAACAAAUUGUUGGCUGUCGACCGUCAGAAGAUCACUCCACCCACCGGUGUCCCUAGAGCUGACGGAAAAUCCGUUUAUCACAACCCAUCUCGAUAUCCAAACACCCAAUCGGCUCGUACCACUGAACCCGUGAAUUUGCCAGGAGGCGUUCACAACAAACUUGCUGCCAAUUACUACUUGGAUCGUGAUGGUCGUCGUUCGGUUUUACCUCCUCCAGCCCUAUAUUCAACUGAAGCGAACCCAAGCUUUGCAAAGACUACUGGAGAACCGCUAGCGCCUGCUGAAGCUUACUCAAAGGGUCCCGGUGAGAACUUUGGUCUUCAAGCUCCUACGCCUGGUUUUGGAGCCGAAUGGAGCCGAAGCAAAAAUACCGAAUUGAAAACUCAGCAAGAGACUCAAGAAUUUGUAUAUUUUGAAAGAUUUGAUUGUUACGCCAAGUCAACC